AUGAACAACACUCAGUUCCGCCGUCUUGUCCUCGAUACACCUGUAGCUUCAAAAAACGAUGGAUCCACACCAGUCGCGACCACAAGGCAAAAUGGAGCAACCCCGUCUGCUCUGGGCUCGCGUAUGCAUUCGAGCAUUCCUAUGACUCCACGCUCAGUCGGAGGGAUUUCCCAUAAUGAUUUUACCCGUCAACUUGCGGAACGAAAUGCCGAGCUUCAUGGGACUCAAGCCAAGAAGUCCCGUGCAUCUACUGCACCCAAGGGAACUAAGCUGGCAUUUGGGUAUCAAGAUCGAACGAAGACACGGGUAUCUGAAGAGGAUGAUGACAAGGCAAUUAGGAUCAGAGCCCUUGAGGAAAUGGUCAAGCUAGGACAAAUGGACGAAACAACCUUUCAAAAGUUGAGAGAUGAGAUUGUUAGCGGAGACGCCAAGAAUACGCAUCUUGUGAAAGGUCUCGAUUAUAGGUUACUCGAAAGGGUCAGGAGGGGCGAAGAUGUCCUAGCCGACCAGGGAGACAUGGACGAUGAAGCUUUGAAGGCAAUUGAGCCCAGCUCUGACGUAAAUGUUGAUAAUGAACUCGAGGAGCUUGAGGUGCAGGAGCUCAGUGCUCCUGUGAAAGAGGAAAGGCAAAAGAGAGGUUUAAUGGCUCCACCGCCUCCUGUGGCUGGUAAGAAGCGUACAAGAGAUGAUAUUUUGAAGGAACUGAAAGCGGCAAGAGUGGCAGCAGCGGCAGAAGCAAAAGCGCUAAAGCCAAGCCUGGGUUCCAAAUUCAAAAGGGUCGGGUCUAUGGGGGAACGAUCACGGUUAGAGAAGGACGAGCAAGGCCGAGAGAUAUUGAUAUUGGUCGACGCUGACGGUAAUGUGAAGCGGAAGAUGAAGAAGACUAAAACUAUAGCACAGCCUCUCACAAACAGUGGUCUGCUCAUGCCAGACAAGAGUGUUGCACCAUUAGGCAUGGAAGUAACUCCGUCGUCACCAGUAGAGGCCCAACCCGAAGAUGAAUUAGAUAUAUUCGAGGGUGUGGGGACUGACUUCAAUCCCUUGGGUGACAUCAUGAGUGAUGAGGUCUUGGACUCCGACGGAGACAAUACAGACGAGGGCGAAGUCGGCACGAAAGAGCAACCCAUACAGCAUGGUGAGAAGCUUUCUGUCGCUACAGAACGGACGGACGCAGAGAAUGACCAGGCGCGGAACUAUUUCAACGACUCUCGCAAAUCAGAUGACCCAGCAAGUCAAUCUCAGAACAUACUCGCAGAUCCGACAUUUCUCGCUGCAUUUAAGAAAGCUUCCAAACUCAAAGUAGGAGCUUCUAUGCCUCUGGAGGACGACGAAGAUGCAAUCAAAAUUGCGCGCCAUCGGAAGCUGCUCGAAUCAGGUGACCGCGAUGCUGAAGACAUGGAUAUGGGGUUUGGCAGUAGCCGCUUUCAUGAUGAGGACGACGUAGAAGAGGGACGGAAGGGCAAGUUGUCUAUCUGGGGUCAAAAUGAAGGUGAUACGGCUAAAGCUGGCAAGGAGAAACGGAAGAGGGGUCCCAAGAAGCGAAAAGGGGAUGGAGAAAACGCGUCAGACGUUCUCAAGGUGCUAGAGAGAAGAAAAGGUGAAAAGAGAUGA